GAUAGAGUUUCAUAUAUAAGUUAUUAUAAUUAGCUUAUAUCAAGAUCUCUUGGAAAUUAAUAUGGAGAAGUGUGGAGUGGUAUUUUGGGGUACUUUGGCAUUUUUAUAUGUACUAUUGUUUAGUGUGAAAAUGUCGUCUGCUACUAAUAAUAAUGAUAAUUAUGACUAUAAAGAAGCCCUCGACAAGGCCAUUUUGUUCUUUGAAGGGCAAAGGUCAGGGAAGUUGCCGGCCAGCCAGCGAGUUCAUUGGAGGGGUGACUCUGCCCUCUCCGAUGGCAACCCUGAGAAAGUUGAUUUGGUGGGAGGGUACUAUGAUGCAGGUGACAAUGUCAAGUUUGGAUGGCCCAUGGCAUUUUCGGUUAGCUUGUUGAGUUGGGCUGCGGUUGAGUAUAGGGCCCAAAUAUCUUCUGCCAAUCAACUGGGCCAUCUUCACAAUGCAAUCCGUUGGGGAACUGACUUCAUUCUGAAGGCCCAUACUUCACCCACCACUCUUUAUACCCAGGUAGGGGAUGGAAAUUCAGAUCAUCAGUGUUGGGAGCGUCCUGAAGACAUGGACACGUCCCGAGCACUAUACAAAAUCACUUCUGGUUCUCCGGGCACUGAGGUGGCAGCCGAGGCUGCGGCUGCUCUUGCUGCUGCCUCAAUUGCAUUUAAAGAGGAUGAUUCCAGUUACUCAUCAAGGCUAUUAAGCCAGUCACAAUCACUAUUUGAAUUUGCAGACAAAUAUAGAGGAUCUUACCAGGGUUCUUGCCCUUUCUAUUGCUCAUACUCUGGCUACCAGGAUGAGCUGUUAUGGGCAGCGAGUUGGCUAUACAAGGCCAGUGGGAAUAACAAGUACUUGAACUAUGUUUCAAGCAACAAAGGGUGGAGCCAUGCGGUGUCUGAAUUCAGCUGGGAUAACAAGUUUGUAGGAGCUCAGGCAUUACUAGCCAAGGAAUUCUAUGGUGGAAAGAAGGAUUUGGAGAAGUACAAGAGUGAUAUUGAGUCCUUUGUUUGUGCUGUCAUGCCAGGGAGUAGCUCUGUACAAAUCAAAACCACUCCAGGGGGUUUAUUGUAUACGAGAGAUAGCAGUAAUUUGCAGUAUGUGACAACAUCGACCAUGGUGUUAUCCAUCUAUGCCAACACCUUAAAUUCUGCUCAUAUUGGGGGAGUCCAAUGUGGCUCCACAAAAUUCUCUGCCUCUCAAAUCAGAGCCUUUGCAAAAUCACAGGUGGAUUAUAUAUUAGGAAGCAAUCCUAUGAAAACAUCAUACAUGGUUGGAUUUGGGAGCAAAUAUCCCACUCAACUGCACCACAGAGGCUCAUCCAUUCCCUCUCUGAGUACUCACAAAGCAAAGGUGAGCUGCAACGAAGGCCAAACAGUCUACUUCCCAUCAACCAAACCAAAUCCAAACAUUCAUAUGGGAGCUCUUGUUGGAGGCCCUAAUUCUAAUGACCAAUUCACUGAUGUGAGAUCAGACUAUUCCCACUUGGAACCCUCCACCUAUAUGAAUGCUGCUUUUGUAGGUUCGGUGGCCGCUUUACUAUCCCUAAAGGCAGAAGAAUCUUCUUUGGUGAUGCAACCUCAAAUUAACUACAAAUAAUAUCUAUGGUUGAUGAUAUAUAUCAAGGCUUGAAAAUCAAUUGGCUAUAUAAAUAAGCAUUAGUAUAGUACUAUUAUUAAUGCUGCCUCUAUUAUAGUUAUAGUAAUCAAUGUGUGAAAGAAGUUAUUAUUAGGCUUUGUAACUAGUGGGGCUAACAUUAUUAUGCUAUGAAAUUGUAAUAGGUGAUUAAUAUAUUACUAGCUUUCUUGAA